CUUGGGAGGGGCAGACGGGGAGAUUUUUUUCAUCCUUUUAGUUGUUUUGUUCCUAGUAUUGUAAAAGAACUGAAUGUCUGUGCUGAGAAUUGAAAAAAAUGUAUCAAAUAUGCAUAGUAUUUUUUGUGAUUUUGUCCCUCUUCGAUGGGGGCUUUGCAGAUAACGUCUACAAAGAAGGAGAGGAGGUAACGGUCAACUGUGACACCAAACAGCCCGGCGUCAUUACAUUCUGGUUUCAGAUAAACAAAAGUGGUCUAAAGUAUCUGUUCACCGUUAAAAGCACAGAAAUAAAAGCAAAUGCUGAUCCGAAAAAAUACAAAGUGAACCAAAAUGCUAAGGUUAGUUUGGCUAUUCAGUCUUUUGAGAAAAAUACAGACAGUGGAUUUUACACCUGCGCAGCCAUGAACAACAAUAAACUCUUCUUUGGAGGUCUGACAGAAAUUAAAGGACAACCAGAUCCAGUAUCGCAACCUCCAAAAGAAGAGACAGCACCACCGACAACUACAUCACCCGUGAUUACGACAAAAUCACAGUGUAACUGUAAAAAAACAGACCCGAAGCCUAUCAUCAACUGUGAGACUUGGAUAUUGUCAUCUUUGGCCGCUGGUUGUGGUGUUCUCCUUAUUCUGCUGAUCUUCACCAUUUUGCACUGCAACCGUUUAAGAACAAGACGAUGUCCUCACCAUCACAAAAGACAACCCAGACCUGCUGGCCAUGCAAAACUGACCAACAACCCAUUGUGAUUUCAGUAAAGACACAGGAAAUCCAGUACUGUUUAAAGAUAUCUCAGUAAGCACAUGUAAAAGCUGUUGCAUGAUUAUUCAAACUGUACAGCCUAAUCUUUUCAUCUUUCACAGUGAAAAUGUUAAAAACAUCACUAUUUCUUUUCCAGUGAGUUUAGAUUUUUGUCAAGUCAUUAUAUUAUUGUAUCGAUCAGGUUUACAUUCAAUAGCAAUCAGACUGUUUUUCUUUAUACGAAUUUUGUUACAAGUUAAAUAUUUAAUGUUUUGAUUCGAUUGUCUUUAUUAAAUGGGGCUUAAGAAGUAAUGUAAAGAAAAUCAUUACAAAAGUAUUUUAAGCUUUAAAUUACAUCAUGUUAAUUGUCGUGUUGCAUUGUAAUCUGUUUACCAGAUAAAUCUGCCAUCUGCUGGCUGUCAGUGUUAUGAAGAACCUCAGAAAGUCUCAUAUAUUCUGCUGAGAUACCAGCUUCACACAACGAAUCUCAUUCCUGCUGAUGUUCAUUUCUACAUUCAGUUAAAUUCAUUUGCAAAUAAACAAAAAUAUAAAGUAAUCAUACUAUACACCCAUAUCAAGUGAUGUGAAGAAUUUCCAAUUAAGCUCUCGAACACCAUUUACCAUUAACAUUUUUUUGUAUUAAAGAUAACCCAAAGUUUCUUUGUGGCAGAGCAGAGCACCACCACGUGGACAAAAUACAGAAUUGUGAAUGUUGUAUACAAUGUGUCAGAUGAAUAAAUAUGACCAAAGGUAGCCAUGUACGUAUGUUUCUGCCGAUUGAAUGUUCACUGAAUGGGAUUUUUAUAGUAGUUUGAAUUCGUUUUCUCUCGGCUGCCGUUCAGGAGCUAAAGUUAAUAUCUGAAAAAUGUAUUUUAGUGAUGGCCCACUUCUGUGUCCUGAAACAAAAAUGUUCAUCGUCCACAUACGCUCAUCAAUGUGUGUAGUGAUUCUCACAUUAAGUUUUUAAGGUUUGCUUUUAGGAAUCAGUUUGUCCGUCAGUUUUGACAAAAACUGGACCUGAUGCCUGUAAAACACCCUUUCAGUAGUUUUGUUCCUCUUUUUGUAGAAAAUGUCUUGCUAUUUUGUCUGUGGUGAGUAACAUUUUCUUAUUUAUAGUAUUGCAUAUAUACUCAAAUCAGUUUUACAUGGUAUUGUUUCACAUGAAUUGAAAAGUCUUGUUUUUGUUCAUCUAUUCUAAACUAUUUUCUUUGUUUCCAGUGGACUCUUAACUACAUGUAACAGUCGACUGUGACCCCAAACAGGCCGGCAUCAUUAAGAAGUGGUCCAAAGUAUUUGUUCACCGUGUAAGGUUAAUGCAGAAAAAUACAAAGUGAUCAAAAAUUGUAAGGUUAGUUUGGCCGUCCAGUCUUUUGAGAAAAAGAUGGUUUAUACACAUGCACAACCAUGAACAACAAUAAACUCAUCUUUAGAGAGCUGACAGAAAUGUAAAAUUAUUUAAACAUCUUCAAAACAAGAUCAGAAAAGCGAAACUGCUUAAAUUAAUUGUUCAAAUUCAUUCAAUGUUUUCUGAGAAUGUGAAUUGAGUUAUUUACUCUUCUUACAUUAGCAAACUGAUUUGCCUUGUUAAAAGCAUAAAUUUAAAACAAUACAGUGUUUAAUGCUUGAAACAAGAAAAAAAGUUUGCAAAUGGGUAAAAUAAAUAGAUACAUUUAGAUUAACUGGAAAUAAUUUAUAAUAUCUUACACAAGUUUAAUUAUCAAUU